UACGCAUAACGAUAAAAGAGCUGAGCAUUUCCACGCGUCUUCCAUCUGCUUUCUUCCACUAACUUUAUCGCUUUUUAAUCUUUAAACUACCCUGUUCUCCUCUGUCUUUUUGUUCAGGCGAAUCAGUUUCCAUGGCUUCUACUUUCUCCACUGCUCCUCAAUCACAGUUACAGAUUACAUAUGCUUUUCAUGGCCUUGCUCAUUAGCAUCUGGAUCUACUUCUGCGACAUUCCUAUCGCCAUUAAAAAAAGCUGCCCUGCGAUGUAUUUCUUAAUCAUCAUGGACCAAAUGUCAAAUACACGCUGUUGAGGGCUAUCUACAUUUCCUUACAUGCAAUGGGUCUUAGGGUUUUUAUUGAUUUGAAGGAUCUUCCGCUGGAGGACUUCUUCCCUACAGAACUACUAGAAGCAAUGACUAGUGCUUCCCUCUAUGUAGCCAUUUUUUCUACCCCUUAUGCACAAUCGCCCUGGUGUCUUGCCGAUCUGGCCUUAAUGCUCAAAUCUGGUACAAUAAUUAGUCCUAUUUGUUACCUUGUUCAGCCUGACGUUCGCCAUUUGGUUCAUGAGAAAGGAAUCCACGCAGCUGAUCUUUUGAAGCAUCAAAAGAAGGGUGUAUAUAGCACAGACAAGCUUGAGGAAUGGAAACUGGUACUCCUUAAAGCCCUAUUCUACAAGGGAGAAAACAUCAAUAAUAACGGUCAGAAGCAAAGGGUGUUGAAGAACAUUGUGAGCCGUGUAUGGGAAGUAAUGAAAAGAGCACGAUUAGAUGUAGCAAAACAUCACGAGGCUAUUGAAGAAGUCUCAGCAGACUUUGAAACGACUGUUGGUGAAUCUACAAAAGCUUAUCCGGAUGUCCAAAUUGUGGGAAUACGGGGAAUGGGUGGUCCAGGGAAAAUUACACUCCCAGAAAAUCUAUCUAAUGUCUAAAUUGUGGGAAUCUGGGGCAUAGAUAAAUUAUCUAAUAUCUAAAUUGUAGGAAUCUGGGGCAUAGAUAAAUUAUCUAAUAUCUAAAUUGUAGGAAUCUGGGGUAUGGAUAAUAUAUCUAAUGUUUAAAUUGUGGGAAUUUUGGGUAUAGAUGGUUCUAUAAAACUACACCUACAAAAAGAAAAUGAUUUGAAAUAUUUAGAUUGAGAAAAAUGUAAAUUUGUUUUUGAUAUUAGUGAUGCUGCAAUCAAAAACAAAUUGCAUGUUAAAACCUCAAUUUCUACAAUAAACCAAUUAACAAUGUAGAAAAAGGCAAGUAGAUUUUCUUGCCAUUUAAGAUCUGUUUGGACUCAUCAUUUUAGAUGAUGUGGAUCAUACAGAUCAAUUGAAAGUUUUAUUGCCCACAAAGGAUAGCCUUGGAUAGGGGAGUUUGAUCAUUGUUAUAUUACAUGAAAAGACAGUCUUGAAAUUUUGAGACAUCAUUUUAGAUGAUGUGGAUCAUAUAGUUCAAGAUAAUUUUGGAUGGGGGAGUUUGAUCAUUGUUACAAGAAAAGAUAAUCUUAAAAUUUUGCAAAAAAUUUUAGAUGAUGUGGAUCAUACAAGUUAAUUGAAAGCCUUACAUUACAUGCUUAUGAAAAAAAAAAAUGAAUUCUUGUUAUGGCAAGAAUUUUUUUGGGGGGGGGGGGUGGGGGUUUGGGGUUGACAUUCAUUCUUAUAACCUUCUCUACUGGGGUUCAUAUACUUGUUGAAUUUGUUUUAAGUGCUUCCAAUGGGAUGCCCUUUGUCAUGGAAGUAUUUAAAGGCCAGCUGUAUGGCUGCUUUAGCAAGUAUUUAUGGGAGAUCUUAUUGCGUAAAAUCUCUAAAAUAUUUCCCAACAAUAUUGAAAAAAGGUUUUGAGCUUACCGUGAUACUUUAGAUGAAGCAGAGAAUCAAAUGUUCUUGGAAAUAGCUUGUUUCUUCUUGUUGAAGAUGGCAUGACUGCCAUUGCUGUAUGGGAGGGAUCAGGCUGGAGCGGUCAUAUAGUUGAGACUUGGGGAGAGGCUUGUGAAUAAGCCAAUUGAGAAGAAUGCAUGGUCAUCUAAGAGAUUUAGGAAGGAAAAGUGCAAAUACUUAAUCACCAUACCACCUUUGGUCUUCAGAUCAGAUUACAUGCAUUCAGAAACAAUUAAAGGUGAGGUUUAUACUUUAGUUUAUGUUUGUCACAAAUCAUGGCAUGGAACUUUUUUCAUUUGUCUGUUUGUUUACCUUCUUAUUUUUUAAAUUUGUUGUUUUUGCUUUUUAAUUUAUCAGGACAGAGUCCAGAUUAAAGGAAUGAUAAUCAAUGCAGGAACUAAUGAUGUUUACAAGUUUCCUGGUUUCCUGUUGAUAUUAGUACCCGCCUCUUGGGGCUUCAGAAGAACUAGGAGACAUUUUCCAGUUUAUACUAUUGGAACAAGUUUUACAUUGCCAAAUUAUCAAGAGAGUUGGCAUGGUUAACCUGUACAAAUCUUUCGUGAUGGUUGCAUUGAAAAAUGUAAGUUCUAGAUCCCACAAGAUUCGAUUUGUGGAAGGAUGGGGCAGAGGUAAGUAUCUUUCGUCUACGGAUCUAUCCAAUCUAUGAUAGCACUAAAUAUAAUUGCUCUACAUCUUUAAUCAUAACUAAAUUCAAAAUUGACUGCAGGCUCUGGUGCAGUUAAGGUUGUUGAAUAUUUUCAAUUACAUAAUUCAGUGAGAUUUCUAAAGUCCAGGGGAUCUCUUGAGGAGUUGUAAAAGAUGUACCUGUUUCACUGCAAUGUGAAGAGUCUGCCAGAGGAAUUUUGCAAUCUUCAGUUGUUGGAGCAAUCGCAGUUGAUAGAAUGUGAAAUACUUUCAUCACUGCCCAGUUGUUUUGGUCAUUUGAGAAACCUGCGGCAUCUGGAUUUGAAUUAUUCUUGUCAAUUUAAAAUGUGGUGAGAUUCUCUGAAGUAUUUGAAGCUCCUGCAACAUCUCAAUUUACAGGUUUGAAAGAGUCUCACCUUACAGUAAGACAUUCUAGAAAUCAUGACAAAGCUUGAAUAUUUGAAUCUUGAUGUGUGUGAGUAAUUGGAAGAGCUACUUCAUCACAUCACAAAGCAGCCCCCCUUGAGUGAGCCUAUGCAAUGAGACCAGAUUAAGGGAGUUCACAGUAAACAUUAGCCAACUCAGCAAGUUGAGAUUGAUGGAAGUAGGUUACACCUGCAAUCUUUUAGAACUCUUAGAAUUAUUAAGCAAUUUAGAAGUGGAAUUUUAACUAAAGUUAUUGAAGCAACUGAUUAUUAAACCAUUUAAUAUUUAAGUGAAAUGCUUGUGUGUG